GAUAGAGACUCCAAAUUUCUUAAUGAAUAUUUGCAAUGUGAUUGACCAUGCAAAUGUCUCUGGGGCAUGUCUUUAGGAAUGUACCUCUGCAGGCAUGCAUGCAUAGAGUGCCAGUAGAUUCAUCAGAACCUCCGGGAGGUUUUGUUGCAGACUACAAGCACUGGAAAGAUGUUGUUGCCAAGUCAUAUUUGAGUGGAGUUGGAAUCAACUGGUCUUCCAUUAGAAAUGUCAUGGACAUGAGAGCCGUAUAUGGAGGGUUUGCUGCGGCCUUAAAAGAUUUGAAAGUGUGGGUUAUGAAUGUGGUUCAAUAGGCUCUGCUGAUACACUUCCAAUAAUCUAUGAACGUGGCUUGUUUGGGAUAUAUCAUGACUGAUGUGAAUCAUUCAAUACAUACCCCAGAUCUUACGAUCUUCUCCAUGCCGACCAUCUAUUCUCUAGCAUCAAAAAGAGGUGCAAUUUAGUUACAUUAUUUGCAGAAGUUGAUAGAAUUCUAAGGCCAGAGGGAAAGUUGAUUGUACGGGACAAUGCUGAAACCAUAAAGGAGGUGGAGGGAAUGGCUAAAUCUCUAAGGUGGGAGGUCCGGACAGCUUAUUUAGAAGACAAUGAAGGAUUCAUUUACUU